CUACAGAAUGCCCUGCAAUAAUCAUUUAUUACAGGUUUUCACCUCGAACCCAUAAAGUACUGGUCGCUGUUAUACCCAUUUUGUUGACCUAUUGAUAUAGUGCCAUUAGUGUGCAUGGAACUAUAGUGUGGUUUGCUGAAGUCUCCUUUGCCUAGUGGUGGCCAAACUUGGCCCUCCAGCUGUUUUGGUACUACAGUUCCCAUCAUCCCUGGCCACUGGUCCUGUUAGGUAGGGAUGAUGGGAGUUGUAGUCCCAAAACAGCUGGAGGUCCAAGUUUGGCCACCACUGGGCUAAGGGCAUAGGUUCCCUGAUCUACACGUGUACACCUAUGAAGCUGCCUUAUAUUGAGCCUGGCUGUGGAACUGCACAGCCCUGUGAUGUCUACUCCAGGUGCCAGUGGCUCUUCAACAUCUUUCCCAGCCUUAGGAUCUGGGGUCAUUUUACAGGAGAUGCCAGGGACUGGACAUGUGACUUUUUGCUCUGCCCCUUCCCCAGCUUUCAAGUCUCCAACCAAAAUUCCAGGGAGAAACUGUGCUUGAAUUUGGGAUUAGAGACAUCAUUGGCAGGGUUGCCCACCCUAUAGCUGGGACAACAAAGAAUUCCCAGCUCCAGACAUGGGAUCUGAGCACUUCUUGAGUGCUGUGCCCCUUGGCUCUUAAUUCCACCAUAUCUAACAGGUGAUGAAGAUGGAUUAAGUCACCCGUUGCCAACCUGGUGCCUUCCAGGUAUUUUGGGCUGCAACUCCCACCAGCAUGUUGGUCACCACGUUGGUGAAAGCUGUCUUUGGUAGUGGAACAUGACUUUUCAUAUUGUUGAAAGACUCUGAUAUGCCAAAUCAAUACAGUCAAACUUAAUCUGAUCCGGGAGUCUGUUCGACUCCCGAAAUGGUUCGAAAACCAAGGUGUGGCUUCCAAUUGGCUGCAGGAGCUUCCUGCACUCAGUUGGAAGCUGCAGGAGCUGCGUUGGAUGGUCGGCUCCCAAAAAACGUUCGCAAACCACUCACUUCCGGGUUUGUGAUGUUUUGGAGCCAAAAUGUCUGAGUACCAAGGCGUUCGAGAACCAAGGUACGACUGUAAAGUGUUUUCAAAUUAAAUUCAUUUAGGCGUGGGAUGGGCAGGAAAAAAAAACAGAUGAAAUGUGGCAUCUCUUCUAAAUAAAAAAUUAAAAAGAGCAGUAAAAGAAGAGCAUUGUGAAUGUGGAGAUUUGUGGGUUGGAGAGGGGACAGAAAGGAUGGAGCUGCAGGAAAGCAAGGAGAAGAAAAUGCACAGAAUCAGAAAGUUGGCCCUAGUUUGAUCCAUGAGCCUACUCUUCCUUUUUUCAAGGAAAUUUUAGUGAGGCACACAUGUUUUACAAUAGAUGCACCAGAAGAGAUGCUCGAUGAACCCAUGACAAAGGCAUUAGAAAGAAAUUAUACAUCAUUCUUGAAUGAAUCCACUCUGCCUUCACCCUAGCAACAUUCUUUGCUCUUAAAACCAUAAGGGCCUGACUGCUGGAUCAGGCUGAACACCGGUACUUCGCGCAACAUUUUGUUCUCACAGAGGCCGACCAGAUGCCCCUGGGAAGUCCACAAGCAAGACAUGAGGGCAGUGGCUCUCUCUCCUGCUGUUAUUCCCUAGCAGCUGCUAUUCAGGGUCAUGCCGUCUCUGAUCCUGGAGGUAGCUUACUACGGUAGUAGCCAUUGCAGAGUGGACAGUAACCAGAUUGCUUGCAAAACUCAGUUAAAAGUACAGUAUGAAGCUUCUAAUUAGCACUUUUCUAUCAAUCUCGUGUGCAGAUAAGCAGUAUGAGCGCAAGUGUUGCCAAGGCCAUACAAUAACCCUGAAUCUAGUUUUGAGAUAACACACAAUUGAAACUAGCAAAGAGGUGGGAAAAGAGAAGAAAAAGAGAAAGUGAUAUACGCAUGACUCUUGAUUUGAGUUUUGGGAAACACGUUCUGGCUUCUCGCACCCUUGCAGAAAAGAAGUCCUUCUGGCACACGGGGAACUCUUGAUUGAGAACAAGGGGAACCCAAACCCCAGCAGUUAACUUUUGAGUCUGGUUUUCUUUUCCCCUUUCUCCAAGAUGGGACAGUUCUCAGACAGGGAGUUCAUCCUGCAAGUGAGUGUGUCCAGAGCCAAACCCUUUGCUCUGUUCAUGUUUGGGGAGGAGAGAGAAAAGAAAGAUUGUUGAAUUCCAGUAGCCUGCGGGCUGAAGGUCCUCAGAAAAUGAUAGAGGAUGGUCUUAAGAGAAUUCUGUGAGGGUGGGUGUUCGAGUUAGCAGCUCUAACUUUGGAUGAUUUCAUUGUGGAGGACAGGAUGAUUUGCUAAGGCUUGGAAGACAGGCACACAGGUGCCCCCACAACCUUGAGACUACUCUACAGUGCACCGACAGGAUUGCAUCACAGGUCCUGAGUGCCCUCUAGGAGUCUUUUAUUUCAGCCUGCCUGUGGUAGCUUUCCCAGCAAAGGAGAGAGGGAGACUGACAUGUUAAAAAGAGUACAGUACAUCUGCUGGGAGGGAAAUUAAAAAAAACACCACUUUGUCCAGGGAAAAGGCCACAUAGGGCCUAGCAGCAGAAGUGGCUUGUACGCUGUAAGGAUCUGGGAAGCAAGGGCUCAGGAGGCUGGGGAAGUUGACCAAGGGCUGAUAGGAGUAGUUGUAGUCCAAAACAUCUGGAGGGCACCAGGUUAGGAAAUCUUCCUCUAGCCUGGUGAGAAUGAAGGUUUCCCUUCCUCAGUCUGUUGUGUGAAAAUGGCAUUCAGUUACCUCCUUUGAAGAAGCCACUGUCGCACUUCCCCACAUGCGGUACAACCCUACAGAAAACGCUUUCAGAGUUAAAAAGGUGAAGGUAAAGGGACCCCUGACCAUUAGGUCCAGUCGCGGACGACUCUGGGUUUGCGGUGCUCAUCUUGCUUUAUUGGCCGAGGGAGCCGGCGUACAGCUUCCAGAUCAUGUGGCCAGCAUGACUAAGCCGCUUCUGGCAAACCAGAGCAGCACAUGGAAACGCUGUUUACCUUCCUGCUGUAGCGGUACCUAUUUAUCUACAUGCACUGGCGUGCUUUCAAAUGGCUAGGUUGGCAGGAGCUGGGACCGAGCAACGGGAGCUCACCCCAUCGUGGGGAUUGGAACUGCCGACCUUCUGAUUGGCAAACAACUCUGGGGUUACCAGGAAGCAAAUUCCUGCUGUAUUCAGAAGGGCUCGCUUCUGACUAACCUUUAUUCUUCUGUGGGAGAAGAACAUAAAAGAUUGGGGAGAGGGUGUUUUCAGACCCCAUAACUUCCUUGUGAUGGACGGAGAAGGAGUCUAGAUGUGUGCUGGAAACAGGCUUGUGCCAUACUGCUAGAGUGAGUGGUAGAAAAAUUGGGAUUUUAACUACAAAUAUCCUCUCCCCUUCGCGCGUGCAAAAAAAAAUCCUGAAUGAAGACUCAAUUAACAGAAUGGAGAUUUCGUAAUCUGCUGAGCUUUGAUGUUUUCAGGCCUCCUAUGAUCUAGGAAUGGGGGUGGCUGGCUUGAAUGUUUGGCCAGCCCUUAGGAGGCGGGGCAAUGGUGAUGACAAGGCGGGUUGGCCAGUGCCUGGAACUUAUCCCUGCUGCUGCUGCUGCUGCCUCCUCCGCCACAUUCACUGCACAGCGGCUGGCUGGGUUCCUCCCUCCCCUAAGACUUCCCAGAACUGAGCUCGUCCUCCCUCUCCAGGGGCUCUUUUGCUUGACAUUCUUCUGGUUACCAGAAAGAUGGAAAGGAGCAGCAUCCUCGCUCGGUAAACGUGCUGGUCGGCUAGCAUUUUGGACCAUGGACUUACUGAGACACCUUCAGGUGUGAAGAUGUCACGCAAUAACAGGGCGCUCGUGGUAGACUUUGUUUCCUACAAGCUGUCAGAGAGGGGCCACAGCUGGGAUGAGCUGGAGGAGGACAGCGAGAACAGGACUGAGUUGAGAGACGAGAUGGACAGCGUCCCCAAUGGGAGUCCGUCUUGGCAUCCAAGUACCAGCCCGGUCGUAAAUGGAGCUACUGGACACCCAAGCAUCCUCAGUGAUCUUGAAGACAGCCCAAGGUUGGACGUGAGGCAGACGCUAAGAGAGGCAGGCGAUGAGUUUGAACUGAGGUACCGGAGAGCUUUCAGUGACCUCACAUCCCAGCUCCACAUCACCCCUGGCACAGCAUACCAGAGCUUUGAGCAGGUGGUGAAUGAACUUUUCCGGGACGGGGUGAACUGGGGGAGGAUUGUGGCAUUUUUCUCCUUCGGAGGGGCCCUGUGCGUGGAGAGCGUCGACAAGGAGAUGCGAGUGCUGGUGGGACGGAUUGUCAGCUGGAUGACCACUUACCUGACGGACCAUCUGGACCCGUGGAUCCAAGAAAAUGGUGGCUGGGAGAGGUUUGUGGACCUCUACGGGAACGACGCCGCAGCCAAGAGCAGGAAAGGCCAGGAACGCUUCAACAAGUGGCUGUGGACGGGGGCCACCGUGGCCGGGGUCGUCCUCCUCGGCUCCCUCCUGAGCCGCAAAUAGCCAGAGACAGACUCGCCGCCGCCGCCGCCCACCUCGGCCUGCGCUCCGUCACCAAGGGACACGCUGCGCCCUGUCCCUCAGCCUUGCGAUCAUUCCAGGGGGGGUGGAGACGGGUGGUGGGCCUCCGUGUAGCAAACCCCCCACUCUGACCCCAGGUGUCAUCCUCUCCUUCCCCCCAACAACUCACAGACCUCUUUCUGGUGCCUCCUGCCCCACAGACACCUCUAACCCCAGGUUACUGUUCCAAUGCGUAGGGACCAGGGUCCCUCCCCACCUCACCUUUGGGUGCUGUGCCUCCAAUCCCCCACCCCUCCCCCAAGAGCAGGCUUCCCUUGCUCCUUUUAAUCACUUUUACUCACAUUCCCGGUAUUUCGUUUGGUGGUUGAUUUUAUAUUUAUAUAUAUA